CUCGAACCUACUCUAAGUCCCCCCUCCAAACAUCUCUCUCAUCUGUGAUUCUCCGCUGCGUCCCCCACGCCGUCCGCCUCUGUUCCACUGCAGCCAAAGCCUUGCACCACAAGCACGCCGCCUCAUUUAAGUCUCGCUCCGUCGAUAUUUCUGUUCUUGGUUCCUCUCUCUCAAAUUCGUGUCUCUCUCUCUUUCUCCUCUCUGAGUUUUCCGUUGACUAUCUCUGACGCCGCAGUCCCUUGCAGCCUCCGGUUGCAGCUUCAUCACACCGUCAGCCGCAGCCUCCGCAAUAGCCUACUUGGAGUACGUCGCACGACACGCCGGGUUCAACCGCCACCAUGCAGUCCGUCUCUUGAAGUAAGCUGGAUUGUUAGUUGGAGAAUUGCUGUUAUGGCGCUUGACCAGUCGGCAAGUUGAGGUUUGUUGGAUGUUUAAGGUCAAGGUGGAAAUUGGUGAUUUAGUUAUGUCUCGGGUUGUGGUAAGUAAUUUAGAUGCAUUAGGUUAUGGUGGUCACUUCGGGCGGUUUAUGGGCUGACUUCUUGGAGUUUGGUUUCGAGUGUUAGCUUCAAGAGAAUUUGGGUGUGCACGUCUUGGGCAGGCAGAAAAUUGGGCGCGAUGAUGAUGGUACGAUUGUGGUGUUUCGGUGACUUUAUAACCUUGCUUUGGGGAGUUGGGGUAAAUAUCUAGAAUAAGCUUGGAGGUUCAAAGGGUCGGCUAGAAGAUAAAAAUAGGCUUAUUUGCAUCGGUUGUCAAUUAGGUCGGGAUGAUAAUUAAUAGAGGGCUGUGCAGAGUACCAUGCAAUUUGUCAAAAUGUUCAGAAAUGGAAUCUGUGUUAUAAACAUAUUUGAUGAGAUGUGGUUAGAUUUGAUUAAAUGGGUCGACUCGUAGCUUCUAGGUGUUUAAGAAAUAUUUGAAUGGACAUAUGUGUAAUUAUGGUGGUUCCGACCAGUCUUGGAAGUUAUGGCUUGAAGUUGCAAGUGAUCGGAUUAGAAUAAUGGCAAUCAUUGGGUUAUUGUCAAGGAGUUAUUUAAAUGUUUUGUCUCAUUUAUUUUAGAGGUGUUAGGUUAUUUAGUUUUUGUACUUAUAGAUUGUAUAGACUUCUUUUAGGGUUCGAUUGAUUUUGCUCAAUUCAGUUGUGCAGUUCAGGGGAGCGGUGCUCCAAUGCUAGACUUUGCCAAAAACUGACUGAGGUCUUUCCUAUGUGCACACUUUGCACGCCGAGUUUAAAAGGGGGAGAUUUCAAUUUCUGUUUUUGCCUGUUUGGUUGCCGAGAUGAAUUUGAUGAUUGUGACAGUUAGAAUAGAUGGCAUGUGACAAGAUUAGAAGAGAAAGGUUCAUGCUGUGACACAUGCUGCCCCACUGGGAUGGUGAUGUUCUAUGACCUCAAAUAUGGUAAUAACUGGAGCAGCAAAACUUUACAGAUCUGGUCCUCUUUUUCAUUAUUGUCUCUUCCGAUUUACUUCACUUCACCGAUACUCCUCACUCCCACCAGUAGAAGAAGCUUUAAAAGCUGCAGUUGAAGUCAAAAUGUACCAAAAGAUUCCUGACCUUCUUUCUUCAAAAGAAGCCGUCCAGAAUCCAAAUCCAUUCUCAUUCCUCUCAACUUUUCCUCAGAACAUCAGGAUGCAAAUCAUUGAUGAAAUUUUGCAGUCUUUUAUCCCUCUUAGACCUCGCUUUCGUCCCCGGAUAGCCUAUGCAUGUCUUCUUUCAUACACACUCCAAAGCCCCAAACCCCUCCCUCUUGCACUUGCCAUUCUUCAAAGAAUGCUUUACUCUGGCUGCAUCCCUGUCCCGCAAAUUCAUCUCCUCCUCUCCUCAGCAUGGCUGGAACGCCGAUGCCAAUCUGAAUGUGUCCCUAACAUCCUAUUGGAGAUGCAAUCAAUCGGAUAUCGUCCUGACUGUGGCACAUGUAAUUAUCUGAUAUCAUCUCUCUGCCGUGUUGAUCAAUUGGUGGAGGCAGUUAAAGUUUUGAAGGGCAUGGUUGGGGCCGGAUGUGUUCCUGAUUUGGAGAGUUAUGACAUCGUGAUUGGUGCAAUGUCUACAGUCAGAAAAACUAACGAUGCCACUGAUAUGCUGAAGGAAAUGGUGGCGAAAAUGGGAUUGAUGCCAAGGCAGGCAACGGUUGUGAAGGUAGCAGUAGCAUUGCGGGCAAACAGAGAGAUAUGGAAAGCAGUUGAGAUGAUUGAGUUCUUGGAGAGAGAGGGUACUGUUGUUGGGUUUGACAGCUAUGAGGUUGUCGUUGAGGGUUGUUUGGAGUGUAGCGAGUAUAUUUUGGCUGGAAAGGUUGCGAUGGUUAUGGCAGAGAGAGGUCUUAUACCGCAUAUCAAGGUCAGGCAAAAGGUGGUUGAGAGGCUUGCUGGUAUUGGGGAAUGGGAGCUUGCUUGUGCAGUUAGGCAAAGAUUCUCAGAGUUAAGGUCUUAGCACGUUGCAGUUGCUUUGGGUGUGGGUUAGUUAAAAGCUCAAUCUGGGACGGACCUAGUAAAUUUCGCAACAGUGACUAGCUUCUGAACUUUGGGAUCAAUGUUUAUUUUGUCAGGCACUCAGCUGCAUUACCUUCCAUGGAAAAUGUUGCUGCUUAUACCUGCAACUGAUGCUCAAGAGAGUGUCGGAGUUCGCUGCGCCCAACUCCUUUUUAAAAAUGAAACAGGAAGGAGUUCUCAAGCAGUCCUUGUGUUUCUGUUCCUCCAGCUAGACCAUUAGAGCAAUAUAUUCCAGAAUGAAAGAAAUACAUGAAUGGAGUUUAAAUCCUUCACGGAUUAGGAAGCAGGCCAAUGUAUAGGUAUGCAUAGGAAAUGUUUUUUGGAUGGUCGAUUGACUGUUAUGGGAAUGAGUAGCCCCCUUAAAUUCAUUGUCCUUUGCAGUUACAGUUGACAAGUCUCUUUUUUGUUUCAGUUACAGUGGACAAGUCUGUUUUUCGAAUAUACAUUACAUGUAACAUUUUGGAACUUGGCAAUAGAAAAACAGAUCAAUUAUGGAAAA